GUAAAAAAAAAAGGAAGCAAAAUAGUUUGGAUCUGGAAGACCAAGCACAGACCAAACCAAACAGACGACAGCUACUUCUAGCUUCUUCUUCUACUUCAAGUCUUUCAUCUUACGUUAAAGUCCAUUGUCAUUGUUGCUUCUUCUUCUGUCUUCGAAAUCAUCAUUGUCUAUUUGUCUCACUUGAAAAUCCCGCAACGCAAUCUCGCUUCAAACACCAGUCACAGCAAACAGUGAAUACUUUGAUCCGUGUCUGAUUCAGUCGUGGAUGUAAUGAAGCUCAAUUUUUUAAUGGAAUCUUGACUAGAAAACCAUUUGGGUCGCCUAGUUUACUGGAUUUCUCAAUAAAAGUGAUUAACUUGUGUUACCCGGAAUCAUGAAGUUUCCGUUUUCAGCCAUUGUUGCUCUCUGGUUUGUUUGUGACCUUGUUCUGGCAAAUUCACGCUACCCUGGGGGAAUGUAUAGUUUUGAUAGGAACACUCAUGUAACCUAUAAGUAUGAUCGAAUGAGUGAAGUUCAGAAACAGUGUGCCUCUGUGUUAUCUGCUUCAUCUGAAUUGAGAUAUCAAUAUAGUGUUACUGGUAUGAAAGGAGAGCUUUCUUUUGUCAAUGGGGAUUGGAAGCAGGAUGGGGGUAAGUUUCCCAUAAUGCCAUUUGAUGCUAACAAAUCUCCUGGUCCUGGGACCUUGUCUGAAGACCGUGCUCCGUUGAACUUGGUUUCUUUUUGGGUAUCCGAUGUUGAUCAUGACCACCGGUUGAAGAAGUUGAUUCCUAUCAAUGGUUUCAUGGUGAUGGGAAUUACUCGAGACGGUAAUUUUGUGGACAGUUCAUAUGAUGGGAAUGCUGAAUUUCAGCUAUGGCCCAGCCAUUCUCAGCUCUCAAUUCCCUUCCAAGGGAUUUACACUGAAUCAAAGAAAAAUGGUGGGGAAAGGGUGUUGUGUUUGUUAGGGAACACUAUGCUUCCCACUCGAGAGGCUGACCCUGUCAAUCCUUGGGAAGGGAUGAAGAAUCCUGGUGAUAUACCGUUGUCAGAAGAUGAUCAAAUUAUGCUAGUUCUUCACUAUCCCAUGACAUUCACUCUAACUAACAGGGUGAUCAGUGGAGAGUUAAGAAGUUUGAACCGUGAAUCCAAUUCUAAAUACUUUGAUGUGGUUCACAUAUCUUCGCAGUUGAGCAAGUCAGCAAAGUUCACAUUUGGCUCACAACAAAUUGUAUCCAAAGCAUGCAAUCCAUACCCAUUUAAGGAUAACCUGAUGGAUGAUGGCAUUAGUGUCUACAAAGGGGUGAGGUUUUGUGAAAUCCUUGAAGAAAUUACUAGAGAUAGACCUUUAUCCAUUGUGCCAAACUGGAGAUGCAAUGGCACAGAUGAUUUCUGCAGUAAAUUAGGUCCUUUUUUGACAGAUAAGGGAAUCAAAUCGACAGAUGGAGGCUUUCAAGAUGUUAAACUUUAUAUGCAGGAUGUUGUCUGUGAGCGAGCAACUAGUAAGAGUGAUACUGGUUCUGCUAGGGUAUCAACGGUUUUUAGAGCAGUUUCUCCAUCAGAGAAUCAGUAUACUGCAGCAAAAAGGUCUGGGCCCAGCAACACAUCUCUUGCCGCCGAAGGGAUUUGGAAGCCUUCUAGUGGGCAGCUUUGCAUGGUUGGUUGCCUUGGAUUCGUUGAUGCUGAAGGGAGUAGCUGUAAUACUCGGAUCUGUAUGUAUAUUCCUACCACUUUUUCCUUGAAGCAGCAUAGUAUUAUUUUGGGAACUUUGUCUCCCAUUAAUAACAGUAGUGCCUUCUUUCCCCUAUCAUUUGAGCAACUUGUGCUACCUUCAGAACUCUGGAAUUAUUUCAAGCUCACUAACCCAAAUUACAGUUACUCUAAAAUUAAUUUGGCCGGCACUGUCCUAGAAAAAAAUGAGCCCUUUAGUUUUACAACUGUCAUUAAGAAAUCAUUGCUGACAUUUCCCAAACUUGAAGAUAAUGAGGCAUACCGAGAUAGCCUGUCUGUUCUUUCUGAAGAUCUCACUUUUCAUGUCUCUGGUUUUCCUGACCCUGUGCCUAAUGUCCUGGCCCCAAGAAUUGACAUUCAAAUGGAAAUUCUCUCCAUUGGUUCCUUGUUUGGGCACUAUUGGAAUGCUAAAAAUACUUCGGAAUCUGAACAGGAAACACCAGAUCUUGCCAAGGCUGCUGAAUAUACAGAAAAACAGCUUCUUAUAAAUGUAUCUGCGCAGCUCAGUCUUACUGGAAAAGGUUAUAGUUUUUCUGUGCUUUUUCUGGAGGGUCUUUAUGAUCCACAUGUUGGAAAGUUGUAUCUAAUUGGCUGCAGAGAUGUGCGAGCAUCAUGGAAGGUCUUAUAUCAGAGCUAUGACCUUGAAGCUGGAAUGGACUGUUUGAUUCAGGUGGUCGUGGCUUAUCCUCCUACCACAACUCGGUGGCUAGUCGAUCCCAGAGCUUCAAUUUCGAUAGAAAGUCAAAGGACGGAUGACGACCCCCUUCGAUUUGAUCCAAUAAAGCUCAAAACAUUUCCAAUCAUAUACAGGAAGCAACGUGAGGAUGUUCUCUCACGUAGAGGUGUUGAAGGGAUUCUCCGAAUCUUGACGCUUUCAUUUGCCAUUGGGUGCAUUUUAAGCCAACUGUUUUAUAUACAAAAAAAUGUGGAUUCACUUCCAUAUAUAUCUCUUGUGGUGCUAGGUGUUCAAGCUCUUGGGUAUAGCAUUCCUCUGGUCACAGGUGCAGAAGCUCUUUUUAAGAAAAUGGUUUCUGAAUCUUAUGAUGUGUCGUCUAGUGAAUUGGAGAGCAGUGAGUGGCUCCAUGUCAUUGAUUACACUGUGAAACUGCUACUGAUUGUAUCAUUGCUAGUAACUCUGCGACUUUUUCAAAAGGUAUGGAAGUCUCGCAUCAGAUUGCAAAAGCUUACCUCUCUUGAGCCACAUGGUGUCCCCAGUGAUAAAUUAGUAUUUCUUUGUACCUUCACCAUACAUGUGAUAGGGUAUGUAAUUGUUCUAAUAAUUCAUGGCACGAAGACCAGCCAGAAGGCUCUUAUAGCAAAGACAUACUUGGUUGAUGGAGGAAAUUCUCAUUCCUUGCCGGGUUGGGAAACAGAAUUGGAAGAAUAUGUAGGUCUUGUUGAAGACUUUUUCUUGCUUCCUCAAAUUAUUGGGAACUUAAUCUGGCAUAUCAAUUGCAAACCACUCAGAAAACUAUAUUUUAUUGGAAUCACUCUGGUCAGACUUCUUCCUCACAUAUAUGACUACAUUCGAGCUCCAGUUUCAAAUCCUUACUUUUAUGAGGAAUCUGAAUUUGUCAAUCCUAAUUUGGAUUUUUACUCAAAAUUUGGGGAUAUUGCCAUUCCUGUGACUGCUAUCGUUCUUGCAAUUGUGGUCUAUAUUCAACAAAGGUGGGGCUAUGAGAAGUUGAGUCAGUUUCUGACAUUUGGGCGGUAUAAGAUUCUUCCAACUUUCAGAUACCAAAGGUUGUCUUCUAGGGCUGGUGAAUCUGAACUAGUUCCUGGUAUCAAUGGUGCUGCUGCUGCAAAAGAGAAUGAGCAAGUUGAUGUAGAAUGAUGUACACUUUAGAAUUACUGACAACAGCUUUUGUACACCCAUAAUAUGAAAAGUAGGCAAGAGUUUGGGUGGAUGUACUAUUAUGUAUGAGGUUGCUCACAUAUUCAAUAAUCAAGUGAAUUUUGUUGUGGUUUUAUUACU